AGGAAGGCGGUCGCUUCGUCGUCUCUCUUCAGUUUCCCCCUUCGGAAGGACGACGGCAGAGGGAGGGAACUCCACCUUUUCUCUUCUUCCUCACCUUUACGAAGUGGAAAAGGAAGUCAGAAGGCGAGAAGAAUAUGGAAUCUUCUCCGGGAUGCUUUUCAUGUGAGCCGGCGGAUGUAACCGUCUCUAUAAAGGAGGUGGAGGAGAGAGGAAAGCUAUCGCAGGUUGAUCCCUUCCUCGUGGAGGCCCUUGAGAAUCCUCGUCAUCGUCUUACCGUGUUACGGAUGGAAUUGGAUAUUCAGAGGUUCAUGCAGAAUUCUGAUCAAUGCCAAUUUGAAUUCCAGCACUUCCCUACUUCUUACCUCAGAUGUGCAGCUCACCGUGUAGCUCAACACUAUGGACUGCAAACUUCUGUGGUCGAGAAUAUUGCAGAUGGUUCAGGCAGCAGGAUUGUAGUAAGGAAAACUCCUGAAAGCAGAUAUCCUGCCAUCUGUUUAUCAGAUAUUCCUACCAAGCAGCCAGAAAAUGAGCAAUUAGGACAAUUUAAGAUUGUUAUAAGGCCAAAAACUAGCAAAGCUUCCCUGAGAGAUAUGGAGGGACAAGGGAACCGGAUCAUUUUUCGCACUGUGGAAAAACGAAAAGAGGAUUAUGAUAAAGCACGGGCCCGCAUAUUCAAUUGCUCUUUCAUUGCUGAUAAUGAUCUUGUUGCUGCUGCUGAUGGAAGAAGUUCAUCGUCAAGUGGAGAUGAAAAGGAAACCUACAGAAAUGUAACGGAAGAGUUAGAAAGGAUGGGCAUAAAGGAUGCUGCAUCCAGAGUUGCCAUCUUCAGAGACCGAGAAAAGGACCGCAGCGAUCCUGAUUAUGAUAGAAGUUAUGAUAGGUACACUAGGGGAUUUGUACCUUGUAAUAACUUUCCCGUUGGAGCUCACAAUGUUCUUCAGCCUUCUCAAAUGCGCUAUGAUGGAGCUUUCUCUCAGAUGGGCUACAGGCCAGUCGACCCUUCAACCCUAAAUGUAUUUGGUGCUGUUGGAUGUAGUCAGGCUUCUCCUAGUGCUGUUUAUGUACAAUGGCCGACUCCAGCUAUGAUGUAUGCACAGUCCUAUGAGCACUUUAGGCACGCAGUAUUUCAG